GGGAGGACAAGCAGAGGGUGUGUUCACUUGGGUGUUGACGACACAUAGGGCACAUGGUGCAACUUGAGAAACAGGCCCAUGAAGAUAUGCAGUAAGGUGUUUCAGCCAGAUGAAGAGCCUUGGGGGGAAUUUGCAUACUAGCAGAAUUUAAGGAGGACUUGAAAUCAGACAGGAAGGCGGUUUGGCACUGAAACAUGAGGCAAUUGCAGCUGUUUUGGAUUACAUUUGCUUUAGAAACAGCUGCAAGGGGGUGAAACAGCGAGCGCCAAGGCAGCAACACCAAAGAAUAAACAGUAGAAAGUGUGUUCAGUGGACUGACUGAAGAUUUCCUGUCUGCACCAUGGGGAAGUCAGUCUCAAAGCAAUUUGCAGAGGAGGUUCUGCAGUGCCAUAACGAGUACAGGAAGAAGCACCAGGCUCCAGCACUCAAGCUGAACAGCAAGCUGAGCAGAGAGGCCGCUCGUUACGCUGAAAGCCUGGCUAGCACACGCAUCCUAAAACACAGCGAGGAGUCGAGUAGGGGAAGCUGUGGAGAGAACCUGGCGUGGGCCUCCUACGACCAAUCGGGAAAGGAUGUGGCCGACCGCUGGUACGAUGAAGUGAAACAGUACAACUUCAACUCUCCUGGAUUCUCCUCUGGAACUGGCCAUUUCACAGCGAUGGUGUGGAAGAACAGUACGAUGCUCGGCGUCGGUAAGGCCGUUGCCUCAGACGGUUCCUCCUUCGUGGUCGCCAGAUACUUUCCAGCUGGGAAUAUCACCAACCAAGGACACUUUGAGAACAACGUCCUCCCUGCUAAAACUCCAGGUUCCCCCUCCUAAAGACGCCACUGACUUGACUUAAACAUCUUUUGAGAGGUUCAUGAGCUGCGUUGAAAUUGUGAGUUCGCAGGGGAGCAUUACUUAAUUGCCUUUUGGAGAGCUGUGCUACCAUCCUGCAUUGGACUUAAGGCACCACGUUCUCCUUGGAAAAGGACUUAGAAAUGGCACAGUGUUAAGAGAGAUGCAUACUACUGUCUACUAACACACAGGGACUCACUGUCUUGUGUAUUUGUUACGAGUUACAAGCAAUGUGUUUGACAGAGUUACAGAGUUUGUUAAGAGUUACAAGCAAUGUGUUUGACAUCAUUGCUUCUGACAUGAAGCCACUCAACAUGUUUGGUAUUUUGACUUUUUUUGUACUUGUCAACCAAGAAUUUCAUGUUUGUGUUUUACUAGUACAUAAUAUGUCGUUAAAGUAUUUGUGUGUGUGUGGUGGGGAAUUAAAAAAAUGUCAAUCUGUCAAUACUGUUAAUUAAAUUUAUCAGAAAACCGCUA